AUGCGUCUAUCCAGCCUCUCGCUCUUCAUACAGGCUCUGCUGUUGACUGCGGUCGCAGCCCAGAGUGCUGGUGUCUCCAACAUCGUGUCCGAUCUCACCACUCAGACCACUUCCUCCUCCACUUCAGAAGCGCCUGAAACAACACCAACGACUUCAUCAACUUCCACAUCCUCUAAAGAGACCUCUACAAAAGAGUCAACUACCAGCACUGAGCCUACUACCACGACUUCUUCCACCACCGACCCUACUACCACCGACCCUACCACUUCAGCAUCGCCCUCUUCCACUCCCGAACCCACCGUCCCUUCAACCACUUCCAACACUGAGCCCACCUCCGCACCAGGUACUGAUGGCGAUAGCACCACUUCGUCCAGGAGCACCACGACUACCCAGACCCCGGUUGUGAAGACCAUCACUUCCUACGCGACCAGUGAUGGAUCCACCGUCGCCAACGUGAUGACCACGACCUCCACUCCCGUUGCCGAACCUUCUCUUAAUGCCGAUAAGGGCUCCGGUUCUAGCGGUGUGUCUUCUUCGGACAAGAAGAUCAUCAUCGGUGUCGUGGUGGGUGUCGGUGGUGCUAUCCUUAUCGGUGCCUUGGGCUUGGUCUUCUGGAGAAUCCACAAGAAGCGCAAUGAGCAAUUCGGCGAUGAGGACGAUCUGAUGGGUGGCACCGCUGUGGGCUCCGGUCCUCGCGAGAAGGCCCCCAGUCCGGCCGGCAACACCCCCUUCAAGAACACACUAGACCAGUAUCACAACCCUGGUCCUGUCAACGCGGCGUCCAACUUCUAA